AUGCCAUACGACCCAGAAGCCGAAAUUCGGGAUUUGGAGAGAAAAAUCCGGGAAGCACAAAGGCAAACGGAGAGGGCUCGUCAUGCCUUGCGUGAGCGCGAGGAAUGGAUGAGAGAGCCAAUGAAGAGAUUCGUGCCGCUCAGCUCGUUCGGAAUGAAAUUAUCUGUGAUUUCCAGACGAGCUCAUGCAAGCGAGAGAGCAGUCGAGACAGAUGGAGGAGAGAAUCGACGAUUUCUCCAGACGGAUGAAGGAGGAAAACAUCGACGUCAGCGAGAUGUGCACGAGAGUGAAGGAGGCGGCCCAACUUCCAGGCACUCUAAAAUUCAGAAAUUUGAGAACUUGAGAAAACUCGGGAAUUUAAAACCUGAAAAGUUGGAAAAUCAGAAAUUCUGCUGUCAAAGAAGAAUCGUCUCAAGGAAAAUAGAAAGAAAAUCUUACACCCUCAAGAUGAUGCGAGAAUACAAUAAUCCUCGUCAAAAAAAGAAAAGUCCACCUGAGGAACCAAUUGUCGUGGAUCCAGAACUGCUGAAGAAGCAUCUCGAAUGCGAGAAGGCGCAAAAUAGAAUUUUUGCUCUUCGGGCUCAACUGAAAGACGAGGAAGCAGCAUGUGGAACAAUCAAAUAUAAGACAAAAGAAACAAACAUCAAAAUACAAUUAAAAUUAAGGGAACACCGGAGGAAGCUAGCGGAAACAAGAAAGCAAAGGAAGAAGGAAGUUGAUGAAGCUGUUCGAGAGGCAGAAAAAAUUUCAUACGAAGUCAGUCUUUUGAGGGACACUCCACGAGAGGAAUUGGAACAUUGCAUCGAAGUUGUCCUUAAAAUAGAGGUGGAGAACGCGAUGUACAAAGGAAAGAUUGAGAUGAUCGAAGAAGAUCUGGAGGAAUGGAAGAUGGCUACUGCUCCAGUUGCUCCAUUGGAGACGGCUGAAUCGACGUCCUUCUCUGCUAUAGAUUCUACUAUGAAUGCUUUCUCCAUCAGCUCGUCCGAGCUCAAUAGAAAAUUGUACACUGAUUGGCCCAUCUAUACUUGA